UGAGCUUCGUCGCUGAAAAUCGACGUAAUCGGUCACGUUAUCUCUCAGCUGCUCACAGCAUCCCGUGAAAGAGAAGAUUAUGCUAAAUAAAAUACAAAUAAAAUCUACGGUCAGAAUUUUUGGGAUAUGAGGACAGACGUUCACUAAACGGUGUGUGGGUUGGUGGAGCUGUCAACUGUCUGAUGUGGACACUGGAGCAGUGAGCAGUCAUGAGGCCACUGAGAGACGCCCAGCUAGGGGCCUUCACCUUCUUUGCCUCGGCUCUCCCCCACGAUGUGUGCGGGAGCAACGGCCUCCCCCUCACCCCCAACUCCAUCAAGAUCCUAGGCCGCUUCCAGCUGCUCAAGACCAUUUCCCACCCCAGGCUCUGCCAGUACGUAGACAUCUCCAGAGGGAAGCAUGAACGACUUGUUGUUGUAACGGAACACUACGAAAGCAGUCUAAAUGAUUUCCAGAAACAGGUUCAAACUGUCAGCCCAGAGAGGGUUCUCCAGAUAGCCUAUGAGGCCUUGGAGGGACUAGAGUUUAUGAACAAACAUGGGAUGGUUCACAGAGCCCUCAAUGCACAGAAUGUCCUCAUGGACGGCAAGGGCAAGGUGAAGCUGGCUAAGUUUGGGCUCUAUUACAUGACAGACCACGGGGCGGAUGUGGACUUUCCUAUUGGGUACCCAUCCUAUCUGGCUCCUGAGGUCAUCGCCCAGGGCUCAGUCCACCCUAGUGACCCCUCCCAGGGGGAGAACCCUCUUCCCUCGGGGCCCAAGACAGACGUGUGGUCCCUGGGAGUCCUGCUCUUUGAGCUGUGUGCAGGUAGAAGACUACUGCAGAACAUUGAAAUAAGUGAGAGAUUGAAGUUCAUCAUCACCUUGGGUUGCAUUGACGACAUAGUCACAGUCCUUGCAGAGGAGCACGGAUGCCUGGAUGCGAUUAGGGAGCUGCCUGAGAACGUCCUGACAUUAUUAAGGAAAUGCCUGACCUUCCUGCCCUCCAGAAGGCCCACCCCUGCAGAGCUGCUGGUUGACCCAGUGUUUGAGGGCGUGUCCUGUCUCUACGCCCCGUUCCAGCAGCCCGUCGGGCUGUUCUCCUCUUCCCUGCGCUGUGCCCACCUGGAGCUACCAGAGGACAUCAGCCAGCUCUGCAAAGAUGAUGAUGAGGAGUACCUGGGGGAGAGGGCCAUAGAUGAGGUGUACCACCUGUGGUGUUUGGCGGGAGGAGACCUGGAGAAGGAACUGACCAACAAGGAGAUCAUCCAGUCCAAGCCUCCCGUCUGCACCCUGCCCAAUUUCCUGCUGGAGGAUGGCGAGUCGUUUGGCCAAGGCAGGGACAGGAGUUUCCUCCUGGAUGACACCACCGUCACACUGUCUCUGUGCCAGCUGAAGAACAGACUGAAAGAUGUGGCAGGAGAGGCAUAUUACCCUUUAUUGGAAGAUGAACAGUCUAGUUUGUCCCAGUCCAACAGCAGCAAUGAGCUGUCUUGCACCGUCACGCUGCCACUCAUCAUCAGGGAGAGGGAUACAGAGUACCAACUCAUCCGCAUCAUCCUCUUCGACAGGCUCCUCAAGGCAUACCCUUACAAGAAGAACCUGGUGUGGAAGGAGGCGAGGGUGGACAUUCCUCCUCUCAUACGUGGACUGGCCUGGGCUGCUCUCCUGGGAGUCGAGGGGGACAUUCAAGCCAAAUAUGACAGCAUUGAUAAGGAUACUCCUAUACCCACUGACAGACAGAUUGAGGUGGACAUCCCUCGCUGUCACCAGUAUGACGAGCUACUGUCCUCGCCACAGGGCCACAGGAAGUUCAGGCGUGUGCUCAAGGCCUGGGUGGUGUCUCACCCUGACCUGGUCUACUGGCAGGGUUUGGAUUCACUUUGUGCACCAUUUCUCUGGCUGAAUUUCAACAAUGAAGCCCUGGCGUACGCCUGCAUGUCGGCCUUCAUCCCCAAAUACCUGUACAAUUUCUUCCUGAAGGACAACUCUCACGUUAUCCAAGAAUACCUCACCGUCUUCUCCCAGAUGAUCGCCUUCCACGACCCGGAGCUCAGUAACCACCUCAAUGAGAUCGGAUUCAUACCUGACCUCUAUGCCAUUCCGUGGUUCCUCACCAUGUUCACACACGUCUUCCCCCUUCACAAGAUCUUCCACUUGUGGGACACCCUGCUCCUGGGGAACAGCUCCUUCCCCUUCUGCAUCGGCGUAGCCAUCCUGCAGCAGCUCCGAGACCGCCUGCUGGCCAACGGCUUUAACGAGUGCAUCCUCCUGUUCUCCGACCUGCCAG